GGAGGAAGAAAGGUUUCUAAUUUCUUCCAGGGUUCGUCGGAGGCAAGGGAGGGAGAAGAGAAGUGGGGCGAACCACGAUCGGCCAGAGAAAGGGAGAGAAAUCGUUUUUGCCAUUGAGGAUCGGUUUUCCUCUCAAUGGCUGCUAGCAUAUUUGGACGCGCUCUCCGGCGCCAAUCGACGACGCUUUUCCUAGCCCGCACCCUCUCCUCCGCCGCCGCCGCUUCUGCCACCACUCCCAUCCGAGCGACCCUGUUUCCCGGCGAUGGCAUCGGGCCCGAGAUUGCCGAAUCCGUCAAACAGGUGUUUAAUGCUGCUGAAGUGCCCAUUGAAUGGGAAGAACAUUUUGUGGGUGUCCAAGUUGACCCUAGGACACAAAGUUUUUUGACUUGGGAAAGUUUAGAAUCUGUGAGAAGGAAUGGUGUUGGCUUAAAAGGGCCAAUGGCUACACCGAUUGCAAAGGGCCAUAGAUCAUUGAAUCUUACCUUGCGGAAAGAACUUGGUCUCUAUGCCAAUGUCAGACCUUGCUACAGCCUCCCUGGCUACAAAACCCGAUAUGAUAAUGUUGAUCUUGUGACAAUUCGUGAGAACACGGAAGGCGAGUACAGUGGCCUGGAGCAUCAGGUUGUUAGAGGAGUUGUUGAAAGUAUCAAAAUCAUUACCAGACAAGCUAGUCUGAGAGUAGCAGAAUAUGCUUUCCACUAUGCUAAAACCCAUGGAAGAAAAAAAGUUUCUGCCAUACACAAAGCCAACAUUAUGAGGAAGACUGAUGGACUUUUUCUCAAGUGCUGCCGAGCGGUAGCAGAAAAGUAUCCAGAGAUCAAUUAUGAGGAAGUCAUCAUUGAUAAUUGCUGUAUGAUGCUUGUGAGAAAUCCUUCUCUUUUUGAUGUGUUGGUGAUGCCAAACCUUUAUGGAGACAUUAUCAGUGAUCUUUGUGCUGGAUUGAUUGGAGGAUUGGGUUUGACGCCAAGCUGUAAUAUUGGUGAGGGUGGUAUUGCACUGGCUGAAGCUGUGCAUGGUUCAGCUCCUGACAUUGCUGGCAAGAACCUUGCAAAUCCUACAGCCCUACUCUUGAGUUCAGUAUCCAUGUUGCGGCAUUUGGGUCUCAAUGAUAAAGCAGACAGAAUUCAUGAAGCCAUCCUCAGGACCAUUGCAGAUGGAAAUCACAGGACUCGUGAUCUUGGGGGCACUGCAACAACAUCCGAAUUCACAGAGGCAGUUUGCAACAACCUUUGAGAGCUCACAAAAAAUGGUCAGAAUGGCUGGUUUUUUUUUUUGAAUAAUUUGGCCCAGCCAACUUCUCUCAUUCUAGACUUCUAGUGGAUAUGGGCUUGCGGGAACGAUGUCCUUGAGGGUUAAUAAGAUUGCAUGCCCAGUAAUUUCUUUUAUGCUGUAAAUGACCCAUUUUGCUACCCUCACUUUUUUUUUCUUCUUUUUAAAUUUAUUUUGAUGCUUGGAGAUCAAUCUUAUCCAACAAACCAUUGGGCUGGUGAUCUCUAUUGUGAUAUUAUUACUGAAUUAUUGGGUCAGAUAUUAUUUUGUUCA